ACCAACAUUAAUAAUUAACAAUAUAUAAACAGCUACAAUUUAGAGCCGUUUAGGAUGCUUAAAAAAAGAAGCUCACUAUCCUAUAUAAACUUAUAGGACUUAUUCUCCGAAACAUAAAAAGGCAGAUCAUUGGUUUCUUGGUCCCAGUGGUUUAGCAUUAAUACUAGCCGACAUUGUUGAAAGUACCUGGACGGAUAUUAUGGAUUUAUACACCCAGAUGAUGUUAAUGCUACUGGAUUCAAUGAUUAUUUAGUCAAAUCUAUGUAGAUAUUAGUUUAUAUGGGAUUAAUAUAUGAAAUGUGCAUGAUGCAAUAAUUAAUGAUUUACCAAGGACAAACAAUCAUGUUGAGGAGUACAAUAGUCGUUUGGAAAGUAAUUUUCCAAAACACCCACACAUUUAUCAUUUUAUUGAAUUGUUACGUGAUAAAUAUUUAUAUCGAAUAUUUAUUAGAAUUAUAUGGAGAACACGUGAAAGGAACAAUAACAAAUGCUGAACUGGCUAUUAAAUGUGGUAGAGCUGUUAAAACAACCCCAAUUAAAACAUGAUAUCUUCACGAAUAAUUGGUUUGUCUUGUGGGCGUAAUGGCAUUGAAGCUGUUUAUAUAUUGUUAAUUAUUAAUGUUGGUCUUUUUACAAAGUUUAUUAAAUAAAUUUAAAAGCCGAAUAAUUUAGCCUAUGCGUGCAUUUGAGGGACGAAUCGAGAAGGGACGAAUCAAGAAAAAAAUUUUAAGGGACGAAAUGAGAAGGGACGAAUUAAGAAUAAAAAUUUACGAGGGACGAAGUGAGAAAUCAAUUAGUGACGAAUCGAGAGGACACCCAUUUGUAGAUGCUUUCUAACUUUAUUCAUUAAAAUGAUGACAAACAGACUUGUAUCAUGCGGAACAGCCGCAGUCCAUACAUUUUAUAUUUUGGAACAUAUAGGACUGAAUUCUUGACUUUUCAGGAGGAUGCGCAGGUUAAAGUGACACUUAGGAGGUGCACACACUUAAAGUGAGGUUUUUCCCCCUUGGUGUAGUUGCAUCACAUUACUGUUCUGCUUUUAACAUCGGCAGAAAGACGUUAUUUAGCAUCGGUCAUCUCGGAAGAACACCGAAGAUCUUUACCUUCCAUGGAGAUGGGUUUUUAGUUAGAUGCAUGCAUACACCUCUGAAUGAUAACGCUUUGCGUGUAUUAAGUCUACAAAGUGCCUGUAUCGCAAUCCAUACAGGUCGAUCUUCUUACAAUCAGUUAAUUAUUGUGCUCGAAUCCAGAAGAUUUAGAAUCACGCACAAGUACAUGAAUCAUGCCAGCUUUCAAAAUUACUGGUUGAUCAUUUCCCAGCAGAAAUGUGUACCCUAUUCUGACGAAAAACUCUCCGGGCUUCAUUUACUCGGGUCUUGUUAACUUUUCACAUAUUUUAAAAAACUGCAGGUUCGUCUAUGUGGGGGUAAGCUGAAGGUCAGUCCGAAACAACGAAGAGCACUUACAGGAAAACAAGUUUUGAUGAAGUAAAUGUGUCUUUACGUCUGUUUCAGUAUUUUCUCACGAUGACCAUUUCAUUCACACUUGAGUUGCUUAUACUCAUGCUGCUGAUUAAUUCAAGUUUGACUUUGAUUUGCCAUGACUGUGACAAUUCGAAUUUGCCAUUUUUGAUAACAGCAGACAACGUUCCAAUGUUACAAAACUGUGCACCAGUAACGGAAGAAGAAGCAGGAAACCCCUGUGCAUUAUUGCUACUCUGGAGUACUAAUAUGAGUCUUAUAGAAGUUGGACCUAUCAAUGGACGGCAUGAAAUUGGCGAAAACAUUUGGCUGCUAACUCAGGUUGAGUUAGGCAAACUUCAACAAGGUUUUGUGUACGAAUGUGCUACCGAUUACUGUAAUGAUCCAAGUAAAUUAAAGCUGCUGAUACAGUCAGUUACAUUCAAAAAUUAUUAUGAGUCAAUAGUACCGUUGCUGAUAUCUGAUCAGGAACCAUUACCUGCCAUACAAUUGUGUUUGGAAUAUUCUAACUCGACAGAUGUAAACUUUAUUGAACCCUAUUGUUCAACGUCAGUUGAUUUAGAUGUUUGUACACAUUGUAGAACGGCAAUGGAAAUGAAUGUGUCAUCAACACAGAUGUGUAUGUGGUGUACGAAAUCAGGUUAUGAUAUUUUUUUUGAAGACAGAGUCGUAUAUGCAUUACACAAUCGAACACAAUUACGACAACACUUUAGUAUUCAAUGUUCAAAUAUAAAAGAUUGCAAUAGUUUUGAAAACAUUAAGCAAAUAGAAAAAUUUUAUUCAAUGGAAUUUGAUUUUGAUCGAUUUUUGGGUUCAUAUACAACAACGGCUUCAUCAACUGCCCCGGCUCUGUUUCCAAUAAUCUACUUCCUUCCGUUAAUCUUGCUGUCAUAA